CGACACAGCUCCCCUGGCACUUUACAGUGAAGUGCUCCUAUACGGUGAUGACAGAGUGCUCCCUAGACCUCACGGUGAAGUGCCCACAGGUUCCCUCCUUACACAGUGCUCCCAGGACUCCCCCAAGUGGCAGAUGACAGUCCAGGAACACAUACUCCAGCGACGUCGGGUUAAACUACCCAGUCCUAUGUAGACAUGCUGCCACUCGCGGGGCUCCGAGAUGCAGCACCCCUGCUGGACCUGUCUGGCAAAUGCAACUUCUCCAGGCAUGGCUCGGCCACUAUCCUGACGGCCGACGAUGGGGAAGGUGACCUAUACAACGCAUCCGUCUCACUGGAGGGACGCCAGCUGCUGGAAGUGGACAAGCAGGAAGGUGUUCAUGUCGGAGGCUCUCCGGAGUACCUGGGUGUGAGUGUCUUCAAGAUCAAGGGCGACUACCAUGAUGGUUGUAUUGACGACGUGAGGAUCUCGGCGAGAAGUGUACCACUUCCCCCAGCGGUCAACAACACCGCUUGGGGCCAGGCCAGCAUGUUCAAGGGCGUAGAGCGGGGCUGUGAAGCGUCAUCCGCUUGCACUAACAUCUCCUGCAAGGCACCCCUCAUAUGCGUCGACACCUGGAGGUCCUACCACUGUGGGUGUGGUGAGGGCCGAGUUCUGUCAGCGUCGAGAACAAACUGCGAGGAUGAAUAGAGUGCCUUUGGGAACCAUGCCUCAAUGGUGCCACUUGCUUCAACAAACACUCAGGUAAUCCACA